GUGCCCAACGGCAUUCGCUGACAGCUCUUUGGCAAGUUUCCUCUUGGAAUCUACCCUGUGGUUAACCUUCAAAGCAGAGGGUCAUCAGAGCCAGGAGAAAAUGGCUUACGCGAAGAUGCGCUUGUUGCACGUUUCCCUGGUGGUCCUGGGAGCCCUCUGUUUGUAUCUUAGCAUGUACGGUCUGACUCCUUUUAAAGAUGAGCCGUUUGUUUUCAAGAAAGAAAGGGGGACCUUCCUUCAGCUGCCAGAUAUCAACUGCAGGCAGGAGCCCCCCUUCCUUGUCCUGCUGGUGACCUCCUCCCACGAACAGAUGUUUGCUCGCACGGUCAUCCGGAACACAUGGGGAAAAGAAAAGAAUGUGAGCGGAAAACGCAUAAAAACCUUCUUCCUUCUGGGGGCCACCGCCAGUAAAGACCUGUCGAAAGUGGUGGCGCAGGAGAGCCAGAGGCACCGCGACAUCAUCCAGAAGGACUUCACGGACGCCUACUUCAACUUGACCCUGAAGACCAUGAUGGGAAUCGAGUGGGUCCACCGCUUCUGUCCUCAGGCAGCUUUCGUGAUGAAAACGGACUCGGACAUGUUUGUCAACAUCGACUACCUGACCGAGCUCCUCCUUAAGAAAAACAGAACCACUCGGUUUUUCACCGGCUUCUUAAAACUGAACGAAUUUCCCAUCAGGGACAAGCACAACAAGUGGUUUGUCAGUAAGUAUGAAUACCCGUGGGAGAAGUACCCGCCCUUUUGCUCGGGCACGGGCUACGUGUUCUCCAGCGAUGUUGCAAGUCAGGUGUACGAUGUGUCCGACAGCGUCCCGUUCAUUAAACUGGAAGACGUCUUCGUGGGGCUCUGCCUGGAGAAACUGAAAAUCGGGCUGGAGGAACUCCACUCCGAGCAGACCUUUUUCCCAAACGGGUUGGCCUUCUCCACGUGUCGUUUUAAGAAAAUCGUGGCCUGCCAUUUCGUCAAGCCUCGCAACAUGCUGAGCUAUUGGCAGGCUCUGGAAAAUUCUCUGGAAGAGGAGUGUCCAGCGGUCUGAGGGGAGCCCGGCGGCCCCUGUGGACACACUUGAGACAACCCACAGUGAUGGUUUUGGGAGAUCUUCAGGCGGUAUCUCUGACGAUUGUCAUGGGGGCAGGGAGGGAGUGAGGAGGGAGGAGGGAGAGGCAGGGGAGGGCGACACCCUGCACCGCUGCACAUCUAACGGCGUUUGUAAGCCUGAGUGAAACUGCUCGGUGCCCGAGCGAUAGCAGGUGCCGUCUCUUGAGUCCCUGCACUACUGCGCUAAGUGUCUGAUGCACGCCUCCGUUUUCCCAUUUCCAGGAUCAGCGUCCACAUGCAGCGGUGGGUGUCGGCAUCCGCCUCUCACACACCGGGCAACAGCAGCUCACAGAAACACAGGGCCCUGUCCCGAGGCUCCCAGCCAGCAAAUGCGGGGGCCGGGAUGAAAAUCCAGCGCUGUCAGAACCCAGGCGCGGCCCCUGGCUUGGCCCGCCUCUCCAUCCUGACUCCCUUGGCCGGGAGUGGAGGCCAGGAGGGCUCAGAGGGAAGCCUGAUGGUGGCAUCCUUCAGUCCCUUUCUAGAGUCCUUUCCACCUCAGCUCCCAGUCCUUGAGCUUUUAGUGUUGUCACUGGGGUGAAGCUGCACGCCCCCCAGCCCCUUCAUUCACUGCAGUGGAUCUAGUGGGGACCCCGAGUCCCUGUGAGCCGCUUGGCAUUCAGCUCACGGCACAGCAAGCGCAUCCCCGGCCAUCGCCCUUAGGAAACGGCCAUCUCUAGGCAGAAACCCGUGUUUAUAGAUUCGGCUUCGAAAUAACCGCAAAUCGUAGCCUGUUGAGCAGAUCUCUCAGCCACACUGCCGACGUCCCCAAGGGCACGGCAUCUCCUGUGAGCGAUCUGUUUGCUCAGAUGCCCCUGGUCUGCACUUGAGGGCGCCAGGGUCACACCGGAGGGCAGCGGGGCACCAGGCUGGGCCUGUGGAGGAUUCUGGGAACUUUUCUGGGAGUUCAGGUGGGUUUAUGUCAAGAUGCCCUCCAGGACCCUGUUGGACUCUGAGCUGAAAUGAGCUCUGGUCAAGGGGGGCUGUCUUCCUGGCCUGCUUCUCAUGCUUGACCCAAGCUCAUCUUGGCAUUUCUCAGACGGCCAGGGAACAACUGAGUUUGUGGAGUGGAGAUUAACCUUCCGUUAUCAGGUUCGUGGGAGCCCGUUCCGCAAGUUGUGGAGGGAGGCCCUGCUUGGCUGGGGUCUUCACCCGUUCAGCUGCUGUGGGAUCCCGUGCAAAGUCGCCUUGCCCCCGGUCGUAGGAAUGGUUGGUCUUAUUUGUUACGUGCCCCGACCUGACUUUAGCAGCACUCAGAGUGAAGGCCUCGCGGGGCUGGGUGUCCCACAGAAGCCGGACCGAGCACAUGCCUGAGUCCAGGAGGGGGUAUUGCUGCAAAAUGACUGUGGCGACACGAACUCGAACAGCAUUUCUCCUAUCUGCUGCUUCUCCGCAGAUGUGUUUCCUUACCCUGGCGGCUCUGGCUACGUGCAGAAAACCUUCCUUCCCAGGUGGGACAGUCAGGGACUGAGCUCAGAUUUUGCCGGAGCCUUCGUCCUGCAGGAGGGCUGCCCCUGAUUCGGAAGAUAAUGGUGGGUGUGGGGGGUGUUGAGGGUGAAGGAGCUCGUCUGGCAGCAGGGCGGGGUCUGUGCCUACAUGUCUACCCCGUGUGGGGUGUGUGUCCGUGCGGCCCCUGGGCUCGGUGGACUCGGGAUGGCGGACUCGGGAUCCGGCCUUCUCAUCAGCCUGUAGCUCAGUCAGGGACCGUGAGCACAGGCAUGGCUGUGUUAUCCGAGUCGGGCUCUUGGGCCCAACAAUGAUAGAAGUGAGGCAGGACCCAAAAUUCAAAGACACAAGCAGGGCUUUGUUGGAGAAAGUUCCCACUAGUGUUCCCAGUCCUGUCCCCCUUGUGCCACUAAGGGACGGAAAAGUGCCUCGUCCUGAUGGGCUGAUACUGGCAGGCAACCCAGCAGCCCAUUGGUGUUUUUGGAGCCACGGUCUUCCAAGGUGGUGGAGCUCCGUCUGUCCCCGCCUCAACAGGAUAUGGCCUGGCUGUUGUUUGAAGUCCGGCUGGUGUGGGGUCAGAUCCUGGUUCUGCUCUGUGAGAAAGAAAAGCCGUUCAGGAAGAAGAGCCGGCCAGAGGCGCCCCAGGUGCAUAAUGUUUUUCAUCUGGGGCUUGUUCCUGUGGUCCCCGAGUGUCUCAUGCCCCC